GCGCCGGGCCUUAGCUUGAUUCUCCGUAGCUGAUAGCGCGCCCCAGAAGGUUUCCAAUCGAGUGGUAACGAACAGGAAAUCCGGAGGGGGAGAAGUGCAUUCCGGAGAAGAAAUAGGCAUAAAUAGCAGCCACGCGCGGCGGCGAGCAACGCGCCGGCCCAUAGUUUCGAUCCGACCACUUGCUAGCUAGUUGUUCAGAGAACAGAGGGAGGCUGCUCCGUCCUGGUAGCCUCGCGCAGUCGCGUGGUGCUUAUCACGGGUACGAAAAUAGUAGGGCUGGCAAACCGGUGGCCGGCCGGCGGCGCGGCGGCCGAGGAGAUGGGGAGCCUCGACGGCCACUCGCUGCAGGGCCAUCACCACGGCUACGCCCACUCCCACGCUGGCGCGGGCGGGGGCGCCGACAGCGGCGGCAACAACAACGACGAGGACGACGCGUCGCCGCCGCCGGCCUCGGGUGGAGGAGGAGCGGGGGCGGGCCCGCGCCGGCCGCGCGGGCGGCCCCCCGGGUCCAAGAACAAGCCGAAGCCGCCGGUGGUGGUGACGCGGGAGAGCCCCAACGCGAUGCGCUCCCACGUGCUGGAGAUCGCCAGCGGCGCCGAUAUCGUCGACGCCAUCGCGGGCUUCUCCCGCCGCCGCCAGCGGGGCGUCUCCGUCCUCAGCGGGACCGGCACCGUCACCAACGUCACGCUGCGGCAGCCCGCGGGGGCCGGGGCCGCCGCCGUCGCGCUGCGGGGACGGUUCGAGAUACUGUCCCUGUCCGGGGCCUUCCUCCCGGCGCCUGCGCCGCCGGGAGCCACGGGGCUCGCCGUGUACCUGGCGGGAGGGCAGGGGCAGGUGGUGGGCGGGAGCGUCAUGGGGGAGCUCAUCGCGUCGGGGCCCGUCAUGGUGAUCGCAGCCACGUUCGGGAACGCCACCUACGAGAGGCUGCCGCUGGACCAGGACGCCGAGGAGGGCGCCGUGCUGUCCGGGUCGUCGGAGGGCGCCACCGCGCAGCAGAUGGAGCAGCAGCAGAGCAGCGGGGGCAACGUCGUGCCGCCGUCCAUGUACGCCGUCCCGCAGACGCCGCCGCACGACAUGUUCGGGCAGUGGGGGCACGCGGCCGUGACGCGGCCACCGCCGACGUCGUUCUAGAAAGCACCGGCUGGCCGGCGAUUGAUCUCUCUUUGUUUCUCUUUGCGUCUUUGCUAGUUAGAUUUCUACUUCUUGCGUAGUUAGCUAGUUGUUUGAGUAGCUCGACUGCCAUGUUAAUUAAUGUGCUACUAUGUCAUGCAUAUGUGUGAUCUUUUCAUUUCUUCUCUCUUCUAUUUGGAGCCUGUGGAGUUAAUAAUGCACGAUUCCUAUUAGUAUUUGCGAA